AUGUUCAGAACUCCAGCACCAAUAUUCAAGGUUGAAAAGAUGUCAGGAAAAAGAAAGAGAGGGGAAGAUCCUAGUUCGGGCAGUGCUACCAGCGGGAAGCCGCUGACCGCUAUUGCAGCAGCUCGACUAAGGUCAUCAGAAGCCGCCGCAAAAGUUGUAAAACCAGCUGAGAUCCCGCUGGAGCAGGUUGCUGUGCCAGCAAGUCCAUUAUUACAAAGCAAAGAUUCAGAUGUUGAGGAGGUGGAAUCAGAGGAAGAAGUUGCGCUCGUCCAGCAUAAUGUCAAGCUAUGCAAUUGGCGUAGCGAACCUCAAAAUAUACUUUCCGAAACCGACACCGAGCUGAAAAUCAGUCUCAGUAAACAUACGACUAUCGCACUGAUAGGAUGUUUUGAUUUUACGGUGUUACGAGGCGCCGUUAACAUCAACGGUGCCAACAUAGGUACGGUUAGUCGAGACGGCCAGAAAAACAGAGUGCACCGAGCAUAUGUGCCUGCAACACAUCCUAUCUUAAAGAUCCGUGGACUAGAUGGCACAAACCACAUUCAAAUCAAGACUUGCAAAGAACCGGCACCGCUAGCAUCUAUCAGUCCACUUUUCAAAGGGCUUUGGAAUGAGGACAGACGUUAUGGGAAGAAGCGUUCGUUCCGUAUCGUGACCCACUCAGAUGUCGACAUACUCUCUCGACCGUUGCGUCCUGAAGUGACACCGGAAGACUGGCUCCGCGCGAUAGAAGACUGCACCAGCACUCCCUCCAUCACCAUUGUAACUGGAUCAUCAAGCUCAGGGAAAUCUACCUAUGCUCGUCGGCUCGUCAAUCGCUCCCUCACAGGCCUAGGCAAGACAGCUCCAUCCGUUCCAGCUGUGUGUUACAUGGAUCUCGAUCCCAAGAAACAGGAACAUGCACCCGGAGGCCAAAUCUCGCUCGUCGUAGUAAGAGACCUAAACCUAGGCCCAAGUUUCACGCAUCCAUCAGCCAUACCAGCAUCAAAAGAAGCGACGACUGAGAUCAUCCGAGCACACCUCAUUCCUACAAACUUUGCAAACUACGCAGAAUACUAUCAGUCAUGCGUCGAGGACCUUUUCCUUGCAUACAAGACUCUUCGCUCCCGCGAUACCUCGCUACCACUCGUCAUCGACACACCCGCUUUCCUCUACACUUCGGAAUUCGAAAUACUGAGCAAACUCCUGACGAGACUCAAGCCACACAACAUGGUCCUUCUCCACGACACACGAGCCACUGAUACUGAGACGUCUGCCAGGCUUCAACUGCUCCAAACAACUGGGUCGCAAUAUCACGGUACUGUGUAUGGGAUCACCGCUCAAAAACCACUGUCUGUCCCGAUAAGAACGGAGAACGAGCUAUGUGCCAUGCAAAUGCAAUCCUAUUUCCACCUUAAGUCGAGCAGCAUGAGCACAGGUCAACCGCAAACACUAAGCUGGACACCAGAACCCCUUUCACAUCUCGUACCAUGGGAGUUUUGCUACGAAGAAACUGCUGAGCGAUCCCAAGACCUUGCUGCUUUUGCAUUGUACUCUGAGCCCGUUGAGUCAAGCUCUCUAGUGCACGCGCUGAACGGCUCCGUCAUCCAAAUCAUACAGUCUACUUCUUCUGUUGUUUCCAACUCCCUGCCCAGGACACAGAAAUAUAGGAUCCCUUACCUUGCAGAGUCUGAGCGCACGGGUAUGGUGGAGCCGUUGGAUCCACGGUUGACCAGGUUGGUUUGCACUGCGUUGAUUCGUGGCUUCAAUCCGGAUAAGAGGGUAGUCGAAGUGCUGGUACCGAAGACACACGAGUCGCUAUUGUACAACCUGUCGCCCGAUAGGACAGUGUUUGUCGGCGGGUGUAGCGACGUACCUGAAUGGGCGUUCUUAGAGGACGCAUACGCGAAAAAAGCAACAACGUUACCACUUUGGGUAGAGAAAGAAGAUGUGAUAGACAAGAUGGGCUAUAUGAGCACUCUGAGAAGCUGUGUUCUCAGUGUGGCUCACGAACAUGAUGAACGCUAA